UCGUGAUAAAAAAACGCAGUUUUUCGCUGUGAAAUUUUUAUUGGUGAUUUUGCCUGUUGCUCCUUGUGAAAUUUGGUGUUUUCCUGUAGUGCUGCGAAAGAGGAAGUGUUGUAGAGUCGGGCAGAAGUGAAAAAGUGAUUGUGGCUUGUGCGACGUGGGAGGAAUGGAGGAAAAUGAAGAUGGGAUGACAGGUGGUUCGGGGAAUGUGAGGGUGGUGAGGAAGUCCAAGGUGAACCGGGUGAUGCUGUUGGAGAAGAAACACUCAAGUCCGGACAGAUAUGGUUCAGCAUCGAACCUGACCAAGACACGCAGUGAUGCCUCAUCCUUUGGGUUUCCCGAGGACAUGAGGAUAUCAAAAUUGCUGAGUCGAUUGUGUGCAGAGAGGAAUGUCGAGGGAGCGUUGGAUUUGUGUGGAAAGCUCAAAGGGGUCAUUGUUGAUCCCACAAAUGCCAAUUACAUCCGUCGUUCUUUCGAUUCCAUCCUGGAAUCUUGUCUGACGGUGUUGAAGGAGGGUCCGGAGGAGUGUCAGGGGCAUGUGAUUGAGAUUUUAGGGAAGAUUGGGGUUGUAAUGAGGCAAGAAUUUCAUCAAUUUCGCACGGGGAUUCUGAAGAAUUUCAAAGGGAAUAAGAAUUUGAGGGGAUUCAUGAUGAGAAUCCUACAGGUGACUUUAGAACUGACCAGGGAGCAGGAAAUUGAUCUGUCUGGACAGAUUCCAAAGCUCCUGGACAGUCUGAAGGAUUUCCUGGAGAAAACGGACAAUGUGGAGGUUUUUACGUGUGUUUCUGGGGUUAUUGACACAAUUGCUGGUCAGUAUCCUUCCCAAUUUCGUCCCUAUUUCACUGACAUCGUUGACAUCCUGGUGGGAUGGCACCUGGAGACUGAACAGACCUUCAAAGUUAAGCAUCACUGUGGGAAGAUUCUUGAGAAUUUCCGCCCUUUCUGGCUCAGAGACAUUAAAUUCACUGUUAGGCUUUUGGAUCAGAUUAUUGAGGACAUUGUCCUGAACAGUGAAGAUCUGGCAAGUUCUGGCCAGGAGGCGCAAUCGGUUGUUUUUGCCUCCUUCGUUGGGGCUUUCAAUACAAUUUUAAAAUGCAUCAAUGUGACAAAUCCGGAGGCAGUUUUGGCCAUUGGGGAGGAUUUCCUCUCCGAAGGGUAUACCAAGAUCCUGGUAGCAGCCAAAACUGCCAUCCUGGAGAGUCCUCAAGAUGAAGAAGUUGUCAUGACAAUCAAUGAAACUGUGGGACUUUUCUUUGAUUCAAACACCGGAAAAUUUGACAAUUUCCGGGAAGAUAUUCAGGGUUUGAUAGAGAUUCAGCUCCAGAGAGUCGAAGAAUACUCUCCUGGCCAGACUCUGAGCCUGAUCUUUGUCAUCUUGGGCUACCUGAGAGCCAUGAAAACAAAGAUUUCAAUGGAAUUUAUUGAUCUCUUGGUCCAUCAGCCACAUUUGCUCCGGGAGCGAUUUUCCCGGAAUGCCACGGUCCGGGAAGCUCUCGUGAAGCUGUGGCAGGAGAUUGUGGAUGUGAAGAAUGUGGCCAUUCUGGAGAAAACCUACUCGGAGAUAAUUUCUGAGCUAGAUGCUGCAAUGGAAGUCCUCAGGAACCCCAAUGGGGAGAGGAAAUCAAUGACCAGGGAACGAGGGAAGUUCCUGGUGAUCUUCCAUCUCAACAGCCUGGCCAGAUUGGCAGCGUCAUCCACGUCAAUAAUUGCCCUGUAUGCCCUCAAACCGAGUCUCCUGGAGAUGCUGACUGGCAAUCUCUCAGUGACUGAUGAACUCUGGCAAGGAUUCCCAAUGGUUCAUCAGGCAAUUCUUGGCCUCCUUGUGGCUCACUGUACAAACAAUGGGAACUUCAUCUCAUCCAGUGGCCUCCUCAAAGGCAAAGUCCCCCAUGUCAUCAAUCAAAUGAGCCCAGAAGAUCGAACGGAGAGUCCAACUUCUGACAAUUUUGAGAUGAUUCUCACCACAAUUGAUACCCUUCUCAAAUUACCCUGGAUACCCCAGAACUCUCUAAAUCUCAUCCUGGACUGGACACAUCAACUGAUCCAUCAAUCUUCAGCCCAUUGCGUCCCCCUAAAAACCAAUGAAAUCUUUUCCGGAAUUAUCUUAACCAUCCAGGAAAUGCCAAUUGGAAGAGAUUCAAACAUUACCAUAAAGUCCGGCGAGAUCUUAAGAGAUUUCCUUGACAAAUUCACUCAAGUGGAUCAGACAAUCUUCCCAGGACUCGCUGAAGUCUGCUGCAUUGAGAUGUGCAGCUGUGACUCAAAGAUCCGGGAGAUUUAUUCAGAAAUCUUUGGGAAGAUCCCCCUAAAUAUCUCCCUGCGCCAAGUCAAUGACUUCACAGGGAUGGCCAAAAAGUGGAGCUGCCACAUUCGUCAAAUGCUUCAAUGGCACAAGAGCACAGCAACAACCAAUGAGAUCUGGCCAAAUCACUUCCGGGAACUCCUGGAAGGGAUCAGUUUCAGUCCUUCCUCAAACUUCUGUGACAAUCUCCUGCGGGAGAUGUUCAAGAGAGCCUGGACGGCCAAACCAUCCAGCGGGGAGUACAGUGAGGCAGUUCUGGGGGAUAUCCGAUGCCUAGUGGCUUGGAUUCAGUGGGAAGCUGCUCAGUUUUGUGUCUCCAAUAAAUUGAGAACGCCAUUUGGGAAGCCACAGGAAACCUUCCUGAAAAUUGAAGCAAUUGUCAAGGAGGAUGCUAGAAUCCUAGAUCUCAAGGAAUCCUCCAAAGUGGCUGGAAUUGAGACAGUGAUUGCCAAUCAGAGGCAUGCCAGAAUCCUCCUUGGAUUCAUGGAAGCCCUCGAGAAGGCCAUCUACAAUGCCACAGAAGGGACAGCUUUUGCCCUUCCGGCCACAGAAAAACCUUCCCGGAAUUUCUUCCACGUGAACUCAUCCACCUGCAAUGAGUGGUUCAAUCGCAUCCGGACAGCUGUGGACCUCGUGGCGCUCCACUGCAUGGAACCGGAAAUGGUUAUCAGGUAUUCGGAAUCCACAAUUCGGAAUCUUGUGGAAGCUGGAAAGGUGUCAGAGCCCCUUUUUGAGCAUACGCUGAUGUCUCUGGCAUGGGCUCUUCUGCGCAAUGGAGAGAGUGAUUCCCUGAGUGGAUUGUACACGUGGACCAAAAAGGUAACAGGUAGGAGGUUGUUGUGGGUGAAAAUGGCUGCUGAACAGGCGGCUGGACACCGGGAAACUGCAGCUAGAGGAUAUGCUGAGAUUCUCGAGGGUGAUCAGAAGCUCGAUAGGCAUAUUAGGGAAUUUAUAGCUGAUCAGUUGGUACAGUGUCUUCUGUGGUCGAUGCAGUGGGUGAAAUUGAUGGAAUUUCUGGAGCUUGAGGAAGCCCGGGAAGUGCCCAGAGUAACAAUUCCUCUGAUAAAUAUCACAUCGAAGCAGAUGAGGUGUCUUCUGCAUUAUGAGGAGGAUCAGACAAUUGCUGAGGAGUGUCUGUCAAAUUGGGAGAUUUUGAAUGAGGAUACUGAAUUUUCUAACAAUUUUUCCUAUCAUCAUAUUAUUUCUUUGGCUGAGAAUACGAUAACUUGUGUUUUCUCGGGAGAAAGUAGAGUAUCACCGGGUGUUCUGAAGACUUGCUCGAAGAUCUUUCAGAAUGGUCUUCAGGAAGCUCUGAGAACGCACUCGCAGGAACAUUUGAAUAGUUUGACUCUGCUGAAUCAUGUUUGUCAUAAGAUUGCGCGAGGGGAGGAUUCUGUGGAAUCCUUGAAAGUUGAUAAGGUUUUUGGAUCACUGACGCUCAUUAAGAUCCUCUAUUGGGCGGAAUUCUUCUCGGGGGCAUGCAAGAAAGUCGAUGCUGAUGAUUUGAAUGCCAUGCUGAGGCUGGAUAUGGUGUCUAUGGCCAGGAAGGAGGGAAAUCUUCAGAUGUGCAAGAGAGAACUCGAGAAGUACUACUCAAAGAGUUUUGGCGUGGACAAAAUCCCACUGGAGGCGGCAUGUGAAGCUCUGGUGCUCGGAGCGGCUUCCGGAAGUCAACCGGAUUGGUCAGUGAAUCUCGGAAGGGCAGUCUAUGAGACUAGCAAAUGGUUGUAUUGUUUUCCGGAAAAGAGAGAAUUUGCUGUGCAGUUUGCAGCAGCUGCAGCUCUUGGGAUUCGCAAGAGUAGCCAAGAGGCUCAGAUUUGUGAGAGGGGAGCCCGGAUUCUUCUGACCAUCUCUGAAUGGCUCAUUCCGGAGGAUGAGAAACUCCUGACUGGAGAUAAUCCUCUGAGUCAACUUCUGAAGGAACUUCCGGAUUAUGCGUCAAAUAAUGUUGUGCCCAAGGUUGACCUGGCCAUUGGGAAGUUGAUUGGAGCCAGUGUCCGGCAGUGUCCGGAUCUGGCUAAAGCAUGGAACACCUUUGGGGGAUGGUGUUACAAAUGGGGCAGGAAGAUGGUGGAGAAUCGUCCGAGUUCCGGAGAUAGCAACAAUCUCUUUCAACCGGAAGACAUUUCGGAGAUUUCCCGGGCCAUUCCUCAGGCCACCCAGGAAGAAAUCUCCAAAAUUGUGGCAAUUCUCAGUGAACAUCAGGUUCCCAUUGAGAUUGAUGACAUUGAGCCGGGUGAUGGGAGUUCAACGGAAAUGCUGGAGAGUCAUUUGCGAAAGAUUCCGAGUUUGAAGCAAAUCUCAGCGGAACAGCUGCAGAUGAUCAUUGGGAUCUGGAGGAGGGCUCAUAAACAUGUCUAUGGAUACUAUGAGAUGGCAGCUGAUGCCUACUUCAAGUAUCUGCAGCUGGGAACGGUCAAAGUUGAUGAGGAUUCAGCUAGUUCAGUCGCUGCAACUUUGAGACUUCUCCGGUUGAUUGUGAAGCAUGCUCUGGGGCUGCAGGAAGUCCUGGAGGCAGGAUUAGCGUCCACACCGACGUCCCCGUGGAAGGUAAUCAUCCCACAGCUCUUCUCUCGGCUCAAUCACCAUGAACCGUAUGUCAGGAGGAGAGUUUCUGAAUUGCUGUGCAGAGUAGCUGAAGAUUCACCGCAUAUCAUCAUCUUUCCGGCCGUCGUUGGAGCUGCUGAGGGGCAGAAGAGUCACCUGGAGGAGAGCAAUAGCCUGAGCGAAUGCUUCUACUCACUCCUCGAUACUCUGUCCAAUCAGGCAGCUGACACUGUGGCUCAGGUUCAGCUUCUGGUCAGAGAACUCAGAAGAGUCUGCAUUCUCUGGGAUGAAAUGUGUUUGGUGGCAAUGUCCAAGGUUUAUGUGGAAUCUACGAGGAAGUUUUCCGAACUGGACACACAAAUCACCAAGGAAGGGAUCACAGAUGAAAAUUAUGAUACUUUCGCUGAGAGAUACCAUCAACUGAUGAAGCCAAUUGUAGCUGCUGUCGACAAACUCCGGAGGACUAUCUCCAGGGAGGCAGAAACCAAGCAUGAAUCGGCUUUUCAGGAGAAAUUUUCGAAGCCAAUUGAAGAGUUGGCAGUGCUCCUCCGUGAGCCAAUGAAAAAAGUGUCUCCGCUGAUGCCCUGGAUUAAGUUUAAAUCACUCUGCGGAGUGUUCCAGCAGCGUGUCCAGAAGAGAUCAAAUUACAUGCUGAAAAUGAGUGAUAUCAGCCCAAUUCUGGCCGGUUUGCGUGAAACUGUGAUUUCGAUGCCGGGAAUUGAGAAUUCCGGAAAGGAACAGAUUCACAUAAGAUCCGUGGAGAAUAUGGUGCAGAUUCUCAAUACAAAGACAAAGCCCAAGAAAUUGGCAUUCUAUGGGAGUGAUGGGAAUAGGUAUACUUACCUGUUCAAGGGACUGGAGGAUCUUCAUUUGGAUGAGAGAAUCAUGCAAUUUCUCUCAAUAGCCAAUUCAAUGAUGAAUCGAACAAUUGAUUGCAAUGGGAAUGUCAGUUCUUAUAGAGCUAGGCACUAUUCUGUGAUUCCCCUUGGACCCCAAUCGGGGCUGAUCAGCUGGGUGGAUGGGGUUCUGCCCAUUUUUUCCGUGUACAAAAAAUGGCAGCAGAGAGAAGCUGGGAAACCCCGAAAGGACAGAGAAAUCAGUCAAAUUCUCCGUCCUUCGGAACUUUUCUUCAGCAAACUCUCGCCGAAGCUGCAGGAACGCGGGAUGAAGGUGACAGAUCCGAGAUCUACCUGGCCACUGGAGGUACUCAAGGAAGUCCUCCAGGAAUUGGCUCAGGACACUCCAAAAGAUCUUCUGUCCAGGGAAUUCUGGUGCACAAGUACCACAGCUGCAGAAUGGCGUCAGAUUGUGAGGAAUUAUUCCCUGUCCCUGGCCGUAAUGAGUGUCAUUGGGUACAUCAUUGGCUUGGGGGAUAGGCAUCUGGACAAUGUUCUGGUGAAUUUGAGCACUGGAGAAAUCGUCCACAUUGACUACAAUGUGUGCUUCGAAAAGGGGAAGACACUGCGAGUACCCGAGAAGAUUCCCUUCAGGAUGACGCAGAAUCUGGAGAAUGCCCUGGGAGUCACGGGGAUUGAGGGAACUUUCCGAUUGGCAUGUGAGAACGUGCUAAAGGCGCUAAAACGAGGCCGAGAGACGCUUCUGACGCUCCUCGAGGCUUUUGUGUACGAUCCUCUGGUGGAUUGGGCUGUGGGCGAGGAUGAUGACACGUCCAAUGGGUUUGUGGAGUCAAAGCAAACAGCUAAUGCGGUGCAGGAGAAGGAGAUGCUCAAAUUGCGGUAUGAAGAAAUAAGAAGGAACUGGAAGACUAAUCGGUGGUCAACUAUUGAUGCUCUGGAGGGAUUGAAGGAGAGCGUAAAGCCUCUGGAGGAAGUGGCAAGUGAAUUGAAGAGAGUGUUGGAUGAGAAGUUGCUUCUCAAACGACAACUGGGAUAUCUCAAGACAAUUAAUGUAUCCAAAGACACUUCGAACCUUAUAAUGCGUAGAAAUCGCACAAUAAGUGAAGUUGGUAAGCCACCGAAGCAUAGUUUGGUGGUACUUGCAAACAGUAAAAGUGAACGUAAGUUGUUGCAAACGGAGAUGUAUUGCAAUGUAUUUGAUUAUUUUAAGGAGAUGUUAUUGAGUCAAGGGAUGCACCAACUCUAUAAAGAGGGAUAUGAACUGUGCAAGGAAAUCAAUGAGUCUACAAUGAAAGAAUUGUCAAUAUUGCAGGAUAUGUUUGAUAAAUGUGCAAUUUAUGUGGAUUUAGGACCUUUUCUUCUGGAUACAGAAAUUCACAAAAAAUAUUUGACACGUUGUCCAGAAGGUCCGUAUCCUUUGACGAAAAAGCAUUUUAAACUAAUAGAACGACAUAUAUCUCCUGAGACUUUUUCACCAUUCACUGAGCACAUAAAUACAUUCAUAAUUAAGAUUAUGACACACAAUGCAAUUAUACAACGGAAUAUUGAUUUAGUAUCGAAAACGGUCACAGAGUUUCACUACAAGUGCUCAACUGUUUUUCUUGAAAAAACUGUUGAGAAUGAAUAUAUAUUUUACUUCCUGAAAGAAAUGCUAAUCCGAGAUUUCGUCAAUAUUAAGAUUAAUCAUGAAAUGGACCUGAAUUAUGACACUGAAUUUUGCAAUAUGUCUAUCGAUAUACUACACGAUGUUUUUGUUAAGGACGUAUUCACUAAGUAUAGUGAAGCUGUUGAAAUUUUCAACAAUCUUGACAGAUCUGUGGAGAUUUUUGCCAAAUGCCUUCUGACAAUUCUGCAGAAAAUUAUCAAUGAUGAUUCGUCAAUUUUGACAACAAUCACAACAGUUUCUGCCCUUCAGCAUGAUAUUUCCCUAGAACAGAUAAUUAAAAGUAUGGAGGAGGGGAUUAAUGAUACUGAUGAGGAGGAGAGUUCCAUUAACAAAAUUGGCCAGGAAAUUCAGGAAAAUUUUGACCGUCUCAUUGAGGAGUUAAGAAAUAAUUCUGCCAAGACUAGCGCUAAGAUGCUGCUUUUGGAACUCUAUGACCUACUUCCGGACAUGGAAAAUACCCUUUCCGAAAUUGAUUCCAUUGCAACAUACAAAUGGCAUGAGAAAUAUCAGGAAAUCAAGGAGGUUGUCGAAGCAAAAUCCAGAAUGGAAAUUUUCACAAAUCCAAAGAAAAGGGAGAUUUUACGAAGAAUUUGGUCAUUAAGAAAGUUAGAGUCAAUAAUUAAACUGUUUACCUGUACUCUACAAAUUGCCUGUGCUCUCCGGAAACCUUCCGAUGAAUACGAUAGUGAAGGUAAAAAUAUGUUUGAGUACCCCUUUGAGUCCUACGAAGAGUACAUCACAAAUUUUACUAAUCAAAUCAUGCAGCCAUUUAUCAAUUACUUUGGUAUUUUGUGUGCUGCAAGACUCCUCGAAAAUCGUGGUAAUAAGAAUGAUAGCUUAGAGCAGGGUUUGUACGAUUUGGAGGAUAAAGCACUUGAACGAUCACUAUAUCAUGAUGAUGAUACUAAACAUGCAGAACUUGAAGCAUGUAAAAUUGUACACUAUCAAAUAUGCAAAUCCAAAAUUACCGCCUGUAAAAGGAAGAUGCGCCUAAACAAAGUUAAAAUAUGUACUCUCGAAGUGAUUGGUAUGGCUAACAAAUGGAGGAGAAAUGAAGAAAAUUGUAAAUGGAAUAAGUCUGAUAGACUUUGUUUCAUCGAUGAGAUCAAAGCUCAGAUGGAGACUAUCAAUGCAUGGGAAGUCAGUAUCAAGAAAAUGAACCAAGAACUAUCAACUUUGCUGGAAAGUGUGAAAAAAGUUCAGAAAUCCAAUAAAUCCACUGUUCUAGGAUUCAGUGAAAAUCACAAAUACGCAUAUAUUCGAGAGAAAAUUUCAAAAUUGGUCAAAAUAGCUGUUGAGAACUACAACGAAAUCCUCGCAUAUGAAACUGCCUUUGAUAAACUCAACGCUAAUAUAUUCACUGAAAACUUCUCUGAUAUCUGGAUAGAAUGCCCCUGUGCACAGACCGAAUUGAAUGAAUAUGAAAAGGCUUUCAUGGAACUACUACCAAUAAAUCGGGAUAUCGAUGUUACAUGGAUUAUAGAUACAAACCGUUCAUGUGAAAAGCUUUUGCAUAAGAUAACGGUCCAGGAGCAUAAUCUUGAAAGAUUUCUAAGUGAGAAAUGGGAAAAUAUGGGACAACAAUCUGAGAAAUUGGAAAAUCUCUAUGAAAACUUUAUGCAGCUGUCCACGGAUCUUCGUGGUUGGCUGAAGAGUAGCCUGAAGAUGGAAGGGAAGCAUUUGAAUGCAACAAAAGAAUAUCUGACCAAAUGGAAGAACUUCACCACAAACUACGAGAAUCUCAUUGAAAAUCUUAAGAAGACUUCCAAAGAUGUAAAUGUGGUGGAGAUUCUGACGCAGAUUGAGAAUCUGCAGCAGGCUGUUGAGGGGAUCUUCGAGGGUCCGUCAGAGCUGAAGAAGUACCAUCAUGAGGCUUUUGCGGAGAAGAGUGAGGACAAUGGGAAGUUGGUGAGGAACAAGGAAGCUCAUCAGAGUCUGCAGAAGAGGAAUGCUUAUGCAGUUUCUGUGUGGCGGAGGAUUCGAAUGAAGUUGGAGGGAAGGGAUCCAGAGCCAACAAAGCGCAGCACUGUGCCUGAGCAGGUGGACUGGAUGAUUCGAGAAGCAAUGGACAUUGACAAUCUGGCCGUGCUCUAUGAAGGAUGGACGCCCUGGGUUUGAAGGAGUUCAACCCUCUGAAGGGUACUCAAUGUUCCUGGGAAAUCUCAUUUGUCAAGCAAGCAUCUUCAUCAGCGACGUCUGCAAAAACAAAAACAAAAAACACAGUCCGUAGGUGGACUGGGGGCGCUGCAAUCGUGUCCAAGCAACAAAGGAUAAUUUACAUGCAAAAAAAACUUGCUGUCUUCAAGCUUUACGCCGCUUUUUUUCUAUCCAGCUGUCAGCAGUAGGAGCUUCUUCUUCUUCUUCUGCUGCAGGUCUGAUGGGGGCGGUGCCUUUGCAUGUUUACAUUCUGCGUUGCUGUUGUUUUACAACAUUUCCGAGGAGACUUUAAUUCGUCAAAAAAAAAACGUACGUAUGAAAACUUCAAAAUUUUCAACUUAAUAAAAUUCAAAUGAAAUUGGGUGGAUAAAAGGUUUUAGAUUUCACAGAAAAACAAAAUUUUUACAUUUUAUCGGUUUUAUUUCAAAGUUUUUCUUUUGCAAAAUCAUUGGAAACAAUUCAAUAGAUUUAUAGAGGUGUGAAAACUUUGCAAACCACCUAAAAAAUAUUUUUUUUUGUUUUAGUAUUUAACUUGUCAAAUAAAUCUUAUUUCCAUCUCCUUGAAA